CAAAUCCUCAUCCUCGUCCUCAUCUUCAUCCGUACUUUGCUUCUAACCCGUCUCUUCCAUCUACAAUGGCCAGUCCAUCCUGAUAUCCUAACGGUCCACGCAGUACAAAGAGAAGACUUGGAGAGCGGGAAAUACCCUGCAAUCUAGACUUGCAAUCACUACCUAUUCAUCUUUCCGCCGGCGGUCCGCACUCAUUCGCCGCCGUACGAUAUAUAGACAAUUGUCUCCCAUUCAUUUCCUCUAUCAACGACCUCAACAUGCCCGUACGACCGUCAAGGAGCAACUCGGAUUCUUCUAUACCCUAUGUGACAAACUCAUCCCUGGCCUCGUCCUACCGCCCUACAUCGAUCAGAGAAAGAGAAACAUCACCCAUUAAUACUUUCAACCAACUCUCUCUUGAAAGAUCUCUCACUCCACCUAAGGCCCCCCGACUUGCACCUCAGGUGACCCACGACCCCAAAUACACGCGUCACAAAAGAACCCAAGUGCUUAGAAAUACGAGCGGAACACCGUCCGCGGCGAGCACGGACGAUGAAGAUGAUCAGGAUGAGCGUGGAAGGGGUGGUAUAGACGAGGAGGUGAAAAGCUGGUUGGAGCUACGUGAUGGACAGGGAUGGAAGAGAAUCGGAAAAUACAAGAGUGUCAACAAAAGGGGUGAAAUCAAGAACGAUCUGACGAAUCAACUGCCGCCCGAAAUCCUGAUUCAGAUAUUCCGGUACCUACCUGGAAACAAGGAUCUCCUGUCUGUCCUUUUGGUCUCCCGUUUUUGGUGUCUUUGUGCCUUUUCAUUAUUAUGGUACAAACCCACUCUUCCAACAAUCACGCAACUCGCCUCGAUUGUUCGUGUAAUUCAUUCUCCUACCCGAUCCCUACCUUACGCCAACGCCAUCAGACGGCUGCCUCUCAUCCAACUAGGUCCGACUCUCACUGACGAGCUAUUCACGUCUCUAUUAGUGUGUUCAAGAUUGGAGAGGCUUAAUAUCAGUGGUGCCGACAAGCUCACUUCUGGGGCUUUGCGAAAUGUCAUCGCCUGUAUGCCGAAUCUGGUAUCCUUGGAUUUGACAGGUGUCAUCAACACCGAUGAUGCCGUCCUGGUGAUUGUGGGUGAAACCUGCCAGAAGCUGCAAGCUAUCAAUCUGUCUGAAUGUAGAUUGGUCGGGGAUGAGGGUGUCUUGGCACUGGCGAAGGAAAGCAGAGCGCUCCGCAGGAUCAAGUUUGAAAAAUGUCAUCGAAUAACACAAAAAUCACUCAUCCCUCUUAUCCGCGCGUGCCCCCUUGUUUUGGAAUAUGACUUUCAAGAUGUCAUUUCUUUAUCCUCUUCUGUCCUUCACACUGUCUUCCUGCACGCCUCUCAUCUCCGCGAAAUACGCGUGAAUGGCUGCGUCUCCCUCAACGAAAAUUGUAUACCCAAUUUGCUCGAUUUGAGCGAAAUGCAAGACGACGGAGUUGCCAAAGUGUCAGAAGACGUGGGGAUCAAAAUCGAACCUGCGGAAGGCGUAACGAUGUGGCGACCGGUGACGACCACUUUCGAGUAUUUGAGAGUGGUUGAUAUGACUGGGUGUACGGAUCUGGGUGAUAAAGCUGUUGAUAACCUAAUUACCAAUGCGCCAAAAUUGAGACAGUUGACGUUGAACAAAUGUCCCGCGUUGACAGAUAAGAGUUUGGAAAGUAUUGGAAAGCUGGGGAAGCAUUUACAUAACUUGCAUUUGGGACAUGUCAGCUUGAUCACCGAUGAUGGGGUUAUCAACCUAGCGAGAUCAUGUACCAGACUGCGCUACCUUGACUUGGCUUGUUGCACUUUGUUGACCGAUGCUUGCGUGGCUGAGAUUGGUGAGAACAUGCCAAAGCUGAAGAGGUUUGGUCUGGUCAAGGUCACCAAUAUCACGGACGAAGCGAUAUAUUCUCUUGUCAGAAAGCAUACUUCGUUGGAGCGGGUGCAUUUAUCGUACUGCGACCAGCUUAGCGUUAAGGCGAUUGCAUACCUUCUCAACAAACUUGCUCACAUUAAGCACCUGAGUCUUACAGGUGUGAGCUCUUUCAAAGUCCCUGAACUCCAGGAAUUCUGCCGUCCACCCCCAGAUUUCUUCAACGAUCAUCAACGGGCUGCAUUCUGCGUCUUCUCCGGCUCAAGAGUUGUCGACCUUCGCGAUUAUCUCAAUAACCACUAUCUCCCCUCAAUGGAAGUUGACACCUCUGAAGAUUCGGGCCAUGACGGUGCGGCUUCCAGUACCUCAUCCCUGACCAUCCCCAGGGCUGCACCCACCCCCGAUCAUUCAUCAAUUUCAAACAGCGUUGCUCAACACAGCAAUCUUGUGUAUAGGCAGUCAUUGUCGAAUCUGAAUGAUGUUUGGGAAGACGCUCCAUCCCCUAUCUCUCCCACCCCUAUGUCUCGACCUCAACCACCGCACAUUCUCACCGCAUCGAUCCAAUAUCAAAGCGUCCAACCUGGUGAAGGCGCUCCCUUCCCUAUCGCGUCGACGUCUACCUCACCUCCCACUUUCACGUCUUCGUCAUCUGCUAGGCUCACUCCCAACCCGACAUCCGCCGCUCCAUCAUAUUUCAAUAUCAGCUCAAGUCCUAGCUUACAUAAUCGCUUUGCCUAUGGUGGUACUACCUUGCCUACCCAUUUGGAUUACCUCGUACCCCCGUCUCAGGAAUCUUCUAGAUCGUCCAGCAUGAGCUCGAACGGGGAUAGGUUCCCGUUCAUUCCACAUCAAGUUUUAUCUGAGCGCAGCCGAGGCCCAGAUGCGCCGAGUAGACGGGAUAGACCGUCUGGACCUAGAGUGCCGUCAGACUCGUAUAAUGUGUCUCCCUCAUAUGCUAAUGAGUUCGCAUCAUAUUGGUCGAGGGAGGGCCGGCUACCACCAGCAUCAGAUGCAGAAGUCGGGAUGGCGCGUACGCAUAUUGCUGAAGAACCUAUGACUCAAGUCCCGAAUUUGUCUCAUCGUCCAGGUGCAAAUGGGUCAUCGUCAUCGAGCGCGGGCGCUCAAAGGGAAGGAGGAAGGGGCUCAAGAUGGUUACAGCGGUUCGGUAACGGACGUUGAUUGGCUGUCGUAAUCGUGUAUGGGAGAGGAGCGGUUGAAACAUGUGUACAAAACAAGAGAUUUCGGUCAUGUUGUUCAGUAAGGUACGAUUCAUACAUAGUAGCAUAGCAGGAAAAUUGUUGGAUAAUUAUGUUCUAUGUAGAGUGAUGAUUCUCA